GUGUCUUGCACUUCUCUCAGAAUGGAGUCUGUACUGAGAUAUCUGGACUGGACGUCUGUGGGCUUGGCCCUGCUGGGUGGUCUGCUCUCACUGGUUCUGCUGGAGACCUUCAGGUUGAACUCUUCCAGGAGCCGAAGUCCUCCUGGACCAAAACCAAUGCUCUUUGUGGGGAACUUGCCUCAAAUUAUGAAGGAUCGAAUGGCCUUUAUUAAAAUGAUGCCCAAAUAUGGGGAGAUGUGUUCUAUGUACCUGGGAAAGAAGCCAACGAUUGUGCUGAAUACCGUGCAGAUUGCGAAGGAAGCUUUUGUCCAGAAUGGGACAGUGUUUUCUUCGAGACCAGACAAUCGUUUAAUACGCAAGUUCACCCAAGGAUGUGGUAUCAUAAUGGCCCCUUAUGGUAAUUCUUGGAAACAGCAGCGCCGGUUUGCUCUGCACACGCUGCGUGAUUUUGGACUGGGGAAGAAAACUGUGGAGGAGCGUGUGGCCGAAGAGGCACGUUACCUCAUCAAGGAGAUGCUCAAACAAGAAGGGAAGGCUUUUUACCCCAUCCACCCCAUAAUGAACGCAGUAUCCAACAUCAUCUGCUCUAUCGUCUUUGGAGACCGCUUUGAGUAUGAUGACAAGCAAUUUGCUAAGCUACUGGAAAUUCUAAAUGAGAAUGUUCGAUUUACUGGAUCAUUUAUAUCACAGACCUACCUUGUGAUUCCUUUUGUUGAACACCUCCCAGGGCCACACCAGAAGGUCUGGAAAAAUCUAAACUCCUUAAGAGAGUUCAUUCUUGGAGUGGCAGAGGAGCACAGGAAAACUCUGGACCCAGAAAACCUUCGUGACUUUAUCGACGCCUACCUGGUAGAGAUGAUCAAGCAAGAGUCAAAUGAAGAUUCCACAUUUCAUGAGGAAAACAUGGCUAAGUCGACCGCUGACCUGUUCUCUGCUGGGACGGAGACCACUGCAAACACUCUUAGAUGGGGCCUCAUUUACAUGAUGGAGCACCCUGAUGUGCAAGAGCGUUGUCACGAGGAGAUUGUUCGAGUGCUGGGUUUCGACCGCUUUCCCUCCAUGGAUGAUCGUGCACAGCUCCCUUACACUCACGCCACUGUCCAUGAGAUCCAGCGUAAUGCUAACAUUAUUCCUCUCGGCGUGAUGCAUCAUACUACACAACCAACAACGCUGAGAGGAUACCACAUUCCACAGGGAACAGAUAUCAUGUCCAACCUAACAGCCAUCCUAACUGAUAAAGACCACUGGAAGUACCCAGAUACAUUCAACCCAGAGAACUUUCUGGAUGAGAAAGGACAGUUCUGCAAAAAUGACUCCUUCCUGCCCUUUUCUCUGGGUCCGAGAGUUUGUCUGGGUGAGACUCUUGCGAGGACAGAGCUUUUUAUCUUCUUCACCUCUCUGAUCCAGCGUCUCAAGUUCUCAUGGCCUCCAGGAGCUCCACCCCCAAACAUGAAUGGAAUUGUGGGCACAGUCCGCUCAAAUUUACCCUUCAAUACAAUCUGCCGCAGCAGAGAUGCCACUCAUUGAAUUGGACAAUGUUCAAUCUUUGGUAUUAUCAACUCUGGAGGUUGUGUUAAUGGGUUAGAGGACUUGGUUUGGUUUUACUGGUAAAUCUGAUUAGCACAUUGGUUUACUCCAGGUUUGUCUUGUUGAAUUGGUCUAAAUUUUUGUGAAAAUUGUAGAUUUUGCAAUGAGAUUCAAACUGCCUGUCAUGACCUUUAUUGAAAUAGAUAAUAAUCUGAUUAUUUAAGAAAUCCUUAUUUCAGUUUCAAGUGCUGAAAAUAUUAUUAUAAUUGUUUCUUAUUCUUGCUUUAAUUCAUGUUUUUGGUUGAAGAUAGCAUUUAUUGUGAUUUUUGUAACUGUAAAUCAGACUUAAUGAUACACAUUUUUGCCAAGACAUUUUUGCUAACUGAGUUUUGGAGAGGUCACACAAAACCUGUUAAAUAUUUUAGAACCUUCAAGCCAUCAGGUCAUUCCAGGACUCUACUACUUAUUUUUUCCACAAGGGGGAAGACAUACCUUCAAACAGACUAAGCCUACCUAUAGGAUGGCGUUUGGCAUAAGGCAUGGUGUUUAUUUUACGAUGUUUUGUGCAGCAGAUGUUGGUAUGCAAUAAAUUGUUCAAUGUUCAACACA